AUGAACACAUUCACAUUUGGUGCUUAUGAUUUUUUAUCACUGGUUGAAGAAGAGUUGCCAAAUUUAAAUCAUGGAAUUUAUCAUUUGAAAUCAGAACCACUAAUUGAAGAAAAGCAAAAAAGCGAUAUGGAGGAGUUUGUAAUAUUCUUCAAAGAAGAGGCAAAACAAGCAACAAUUUUAUUCAAAGAAAAUGAAUUAAAAACUAUCGUGCAGUCAUCUCUUAAAGAAUAUUAUUCUCUUUUAAUCUUCACAAAUGCACACGAGUUCAUGUUUGAAGAUGGUUCCCCUGUUAACCCAGUAUAUUCUUCAAAGCUUGGAGAAACCAUAAUAUACAAAAUUAAACCUAUAUCUGGAUUCCCCACACUUGAUAUCCAUUAUGAAUCGGCAAGAUAUGGCGAACGCUCAAUUGUUGAUGUAGUAUACAAUAUUUUUGAUAUUGCAGUUAAAUUUCAAAUUCGGUCAAGAGGAAUGUUAAUUAUCAUGUCAUCCGUGGAAUCAGAAAUCUAUCUUUUUGGUAAUUUAGGAUCAAUGUACACUUGUCUUAAAGGAAAUUAUUUUAAGAUUGAUUGGGCAGAAAGCAUUUUAGCAUUUAAUAACUUAACUCAAUUACCAAUUGGAGCGCAAAUUGGAAGGUUUACAUUAAACAAAUUAAAAUCAGAAUUUGACAACCCAGAUUUAAUUAUUAGAGAUGGUGAAGUCAGGACAAUCACCGUUAAUGAAUCAUCAGUUAAUAUUUAUCCGUAUUAUGCCAUUUUUAUAGUGAAAGCGAAGUAG